CCUUUCUAAUUCUCCCGCGCUUCGCUCGACUCUCCCUUUAGCGUUUGAGUACGGAAGUUUUUCUUUCGUCGUCUUCUUCUUCUUCUUCAGUUGUAUCACGCAAGUUUAUUACGGUGAGUUAUGACAAGCGAUUGGGAGAUUGCAUGUAGAGUUUGCAUGUUGAGAAAGUAAUUUUCUAUUGUUACGUUAAUCAUACACCAGUUGUUCGAUGAAAGUCCUACUAGAAAGAUUCGUUGCUUUUUCGGACCAAGAAGGGUAGGCUUUUUCUUGUAUAAGUAUGCAUAGGUACAAAUUUAAGUAUCUUUUCUGUUCUAUGUACUCCACAGUUUCGCAAAAUCAAUUGCCCCUCGAGCUGCAAGAGAUGUGCAAAGUUAUUUCCAGCUCUAUUGGUAGUUUAGACGAUCUGGAAUCUAGUCUAAAUGGAUUUAGAGUUUGUUUGACAUCAUCUCUUGUUACUCAAAUCAUGGAUUCUUGCAAACACGAGGCACCCACUAGAAGACUCUUAAGAUUUUUUCUGUGGUCGAAUAAAAGACUGGAUUCUGAAAUGAAAAAUGAAGAUUUUAAUCAUGCAAUUCGAGUUUUGGCAGAGAAAAAAGAUCAUACAGCAAUGCAGAUUUUGAUAUCGGAUAUGAGAAAGGAGGGUCGUGUAAUGGAGGCGCAAACUUUUGGUCUUAUAGCUGAGAUAUUGGUUAAACUAGGUAGAGAAGAUGAGGCACUGGGUAUAUUCAAGAACUUGGACAAGUUCAAGUGUCCUCGAGAUAGUAAAACUAUCACUGCCAUUGUCAGUGCUCUUUGUGCCAAAGGUCAUGCAAAGAAAGCAUAUGGGGUGGUUUGGCAUCACAAGGAUUUGUUAUCAGAGGUAAAACCAUGCAUUUAUAGGAGUCUCUUAUAUGGGUGGUCAAUGCAGGAGAAUGUGAAGGAAGCACGAAAGGUUAUCAAAGAGAUGAAGGGGGCUGAGAUAAUGCCCGAUUUAUUUUGUUAUAAUACAUUUCUCAGGUGCCUUUGUGAGAGAAAUCUCAAAUGCAAUCCUUCAGGACUUGUACCUGAAGCUUUGAAUGUGAUGAUGGAAAUGAGAUCUCACAGGAUAGAACCUAACUCAAUUAGCUAUAAUAUUUUGCUCUCUUGUCUUGGAAGGGCAAGAAGAGUCCAGGAAUCUUGUAGGAUGCUUGAGCUAAUGAAAAAAACAAAUUGUGCUCCUGAUUGGGUUAGCUAUUAUCUUGUUGUAAAAGUAUUAUAUUUGACUGGGAGAUUUGGUAAAGGGAUUAAGAUAGUGGAUGAGAUGAUUGCAGCAGGCUUGGUCCCAGAUUGUAAAUUUUACUAUGACUUGAUUGGUGUUCUUUGUGGAGUUGAGAAGGUGAAUUUUGCUCUUGAGUUGUUUGAGAGAAUGAAAAGAAGCAAAAUGGGUGGUUACAGGCCAGUAUAUGAUGUGUUGAUACCUAAGCUUUGUACAAAGGGAGACUUUGAGAAGGGUAAAGAGCUAUGGGAUGAGGCCAUGGCCAUGGAUGUCACUCUUUGCUGCUCGAGUGAUGUACUGGAUCCCUCAAUCACCAGGAUUUUCAAGCCAACAAGGAAGGUGGAGGAAGAGGUCAGGCUUGAGAAUUGCAUCACAACUAACACUCCUAGGACUCAUGCACAAGUUAGCAAGACUAGGAAAAAGGUAAACAAGAAAAUAGAAAAUAAUAAAAGAAAGAAGAAAUCUGCUUCAAGAUAACUGGUGACUUUGUAAUGCUUUAUUCCAUUUUCAACUCUAUAAUCAUGUUCUUAGCUUUGGUCAUUAAUAAAGUAAAUUAUUUUUGACAUCA